AUGGUUGAAGGUUGGCCUCCUCUAAGUAGCAUGAAAUAUUCAAGUUACAAAAAUAUUGGAUUUGCAUUGUAUGUUUCGUAUACAAUUUCUGGUCAAUCUUUGAAGGGGUAUCACCGAGCCAGUGACAGCGAAAGCGAAGUGACGAAAGACAGGAAGAAGCUCUCCUAA